GUCUCGUUUCUGUAGUUUUUCUGAUUGUGGCGAUGCUAAAAACAUUUUAAAAUCUUCAUAUAAAUGCAUUAAAUCUUCAAUGAAAUGCAUGCAAUGCACAAACAAUUGCUGACUAGAACAAAUUUAGUAAAAACUACAAACACUCGUGUUGUGAAUAACCUGUGAAAAUUUUUGUGCGUACGCUUGAAAAUUUGUGUGUGCGCAGCAGCCGCCUUUUUUCAUGCCCUGCAGUAGCAACGAAUAAAUUGGGUGACAGUGCCAAAAUGGAAAUUAUUUAUAAAGUUAAGCUCUAAACAAUUGCAUAAAAGCAAAACGACAAUAAAUAGCACGAAUAUGUUGUAAAGCCAGUUACAAUAAACAAAUACAAACAAAGCCAAACGCAGGCCUACAAUAGUAAGGCAUUGCAUGCACAGUGGCACAAAACAACGCACAAACAACUAUAAAUAGCAAAAUAAAAAAAAGUGAUUCAUAAACUGAAAAAACGCGCACAAAGCCAAGCAUUUAAUUAAAGUUAAUAAAUCGUCAAGCACAAACAUUACAAUGCCACGCCCACAACAACUGCCCCGAGCGGUGGGCACACUGCUCCAGCUAUUACUCUUCAGCUGCAUCGCUCAACAACAUUGGACUACGACGAGUGCAAUGGCCACCAGCACAACUGCAGCCGCGUCACUGACAUCAACUAUGAGCAGCGCUGCUCCCGUUGACUCCAGCACCAGCAAGACUGCGCCAACUGAGUCCGCUGAUCCGACAGACGCUGCUGCUGCUGCUGCUGCUGGCUCUGGGUGGAGGGAAACUCUUGAGACUGAUUAUAGUUUAGGCACGCAGCGCACUCCGCUUAAAGCCACGGCACCCACUUCCAUUGAGCAGCAGGAUCAACCGCCUGCCAUUCCAGCCACAACACUGGCCUUUGCCAAUGCCGUGGCCAUUGCUGGCGAUACAAUGGACUCCACGCUGGCUGCUAACAGCGAUGCCACGCCCCCCUAUGCAGCCGUCGAUGACAGCUAUGUGCCAAGCAAACCUCUUAAUCUCACCGUGCUGGAUGUAUCCGCCAACAGCAUAACGAUGUCUUGGCAUCCGCCAAAGAAUCAAAAUGGCGCCAUUGCCGGCUAUCAUGUCUUUCACAUACACGACAAUCAGACGGGCGUUGAAAUUGUGAAGAACUCACGCAACUCGGCGGAAACAUUAAUCCACUUUGAGCUCCAAACGCUGAAACCUUUCACCGACUAUCGUAUUAUUGUGAAAGCGUUUACCACAAAAAACGAAGGCGAACCCUCCGAUCAGAUUGUACAACGCACCGAUGUGGGCGGUCCCAGUGCGCCGGCGAUUGUAAAUCUGACAUGUCACUCGCAGGAUUCGAUAACGAUACGCUGGAAGCGGCCGUACGAAUUCUACAAUACCAUAGAUUUUUACAUCAUCAAAACCAGGUUGGCUGGUCAUGAUACACAUCGCGAUAUACGCAUCAAUGCAUCGGUCAAGGAGCUGGAAACAGCGAUGAUAUUGCAAAAUCUGACAACGAACUCCUACUAUGAAGUCAAAGUGGCAGCGGCAACAUUCAGCGUUAUAAAUCCUAAGAAAAUUGUGCUUGGCAAGUUUUCCGAAUCCAGAAUUAUACAAUUGCAGCCGAAUUGCGAGAAAAUUCAACCGCUGCUGCGUCAAUCCCACAACGAUUACAACCUGGCCGUACUGGUUGGCAUCAUCUUCAGCUGCUUUGGCAUUGUGCUCAUUGUUAUGGCUUUCUUUUUGUGGAGCAGAAAGUGCUUCCAUGCCGCCUACUACUAUUUGGACGAUCCACCUCAUCAUCCCAACACGCCGCAGGUGGACUGGGAGGUGCCGGUAAAGAUUGGCGAUGAAAUACGGGCAGCAGUGCCGGUGAAUGAGUUUGCCAAGCAUGUGGCCUCGUUGCAUGCCGAUGGUGAUAUUGGAUUCAGCCGUGAGUAUGAAGCCAUACAGAAUGAGUGCGUUACCGACGAUCUGGCCUGCGAGCACUCCCAGCACCCGGAGAACAAGCGCAAGAAUCGUUAUCUCAAUAUAACAGCAUAUGAUCACAGUCGUGUGCACUUGCAUCCCACGCCUGGACAGAAAAAGAAUCUGGACUAUAUCAAUGCGAACUUCAUUGACGGCUAUCAGAAGGCGCAUGCCUUUAUCGGCACUCAAGGACCGCUUCCAGACACUUUCGAUUGCUUUUGGCGCAUGAUCUGGGAGCAGCGUGUAGCCAUUAUUGUAAUGAUUACCAAUUUGGUGGAGCGCGGCAGACGCAAAUGCGAUAUGUACUGGCCAAAGGAUGGCGUUGAAACGUACGGUGUUAUACAGGUGAAACUAGUUGAGGAGGAGGUCAUGUCCACCUACACUGUGCGUACACUGCAGAUUAAGCAUUUAAAGCUCAAAAAGAAGAAGCAAAGCAAUAUGGAGAAGUUGGUCUAUCAAUAUCAUUAUACCAACUGGCCGGAUCAUGGUACACCCGAUCAUCCAUUGCCCGUGCUAAACUUUAUCAAGAAAUCCUCAGCUGCCAAUCCGCCCGAGGCUGGGCCCAUCGUUGUUCAUUGCAGCGCUGGCGUUGGACGCACUGGCACCUACAUUGUUCUAGACGCCAUGCUUAAGCAGAUACAGCAAAAAUCUAUCGUCAAUGUAUUUGGCUUUUUGCGUCACAUUCGUGCUCAGCGCAAUUUCCUGGUGCAAACCGAGGAACAGUAUAUUUUCCUACACGACGCUUUGGUAGAAGCCAUUGCGUCCGGAGAGACCAAUCUGACAGCCGAACAAGUCGAGGAGUUAAAGAACUGCACUCCCUACUUGGAGCAGCAGUACAAGAAUAUUAUCCAAUUCCAGACCAAGGACAUACACAUUGCCUCGGCCAUGAAACAGGUGAACUCGAUUAAGAAUCGCGGCGCCAUCUUUCCCAUCGAAGGCAGCCGCGUGCAUCUGACGCCAAAGCCAGGCGAAGAUGGCAGCGAUUAUAUCAACGCUUCCUGGCUACAUGGCUUCCGGCGUCUGCGUGAUUUUAUUGUCACACAACAUCCUAUGGCUCAUACGAUAAAGGACUUCUGGCAAAUGGUCUGGGACCACAAUGCGCAGACCGUAGUGUUACUCUCUUCACUGGACGAUAUUAACUUUGCACAGUUUUGGCCGGAUGAGAAUGUGCCCAUUGAAAGCGAUUACUAUCGCGUGAAAUUCCUGAACAAAACAAACAAGAGCGACUAUGUGAGCCGCGAUUUUGUUAUACAGUCCAUACAGGACGACUACGAGCUCAGUGUGAAGAUGCUGCAUUGCCCCAGCUGGCCAGAGAUGUCCAAUCCCAACAGCAUUUAUGACUUCAUAGUCGAUGUGCACGAACGCAGCAGCGAUUACCGCAAUGGACCCAUUGUUGUGGUGGACAGAUAUGGCGGUGCGCAGGCCUGCACCUUCUGUGCCAUCUCCUCGCUGGCCAUUGAGAUGGAAUACUGCAGCACUGCAAAUGUGUAUCAGUAUGCCAAGCUGUAUCAUAACAAACGUCCCGGUGUCUGGACCUCAAGCGAGGAUAUACGUUUAAUCUACAAUAUUCUGUCCUUUUUGCCUGGCAAUUUGAAUUUAUUGAAGCGCACAGCGCUGCGCACGGAAUUUGAGGAUGUUACAACGGCCACGCCUGAUCUCUAUAGCAAAAUCUGCAGUAACGGUAAUGUUCCACACCAACUAGUGCUACAACAGCAGCAACAACACUUGCUGCAGCUGCAAAUGCAACACGAAACACAACAACAACAACAGCAGCAGCAGCAGCCGCAGCAAGCACCACAGCAAACACAACCAAAUCUCAUUAGUAAUAGCCAUCAAACAGAGACAAUCGCACAGCCCACAACAACAGCAACAAACACAACAACAUUAACACCAACCAAUACUAAUUCCUCCCUAUUACCCAUCUCAUCAUCCAACCAAACUGAACUAACCCAGAAUACUAAUGCUAACUUUACCACUGUUACUAACAAUGCUGCUGAUGCUGCCAUAUGCGAUGAACUGAAUGUGGCCCAACAACAACAAAUGCUCGCACUGAUGCAACAACAAACGCAAUUGCAACAACAAUAUAAUACGCACCAACAUGAUCAACAACAAUUGGAAAAUGUCAACUGCUUGCUGCCCACAAAUGUGGAUGACAACACCGCCAACACAAUCAUCAAUCCGAACAACAACAAUAAUAAUAACAACAACAAUGAUGAACUGCAACAACAAUUAACAACAGCAGUCACAGAUGCUCAAAACUUAGAUAUUGUAGGUUAAAUUAACAUAAACAAAAAACAGCAAAUGAAUCAUUUUAUAAAUGCUAAAAUACGAUUAAAUUAU